AUGGAGCCAGAAAUAUCACCAUCGGAAGAUGACGCGCCCAUGUCGACCUCGGAGGCCUUGUCCGUGGACCCGAACGAGACACGGCAGCCUCUCAUUAUUGGCGUGACGCUGACGGCGCUGCUACUGUCGACCAUCGCGACAUUGCUGAGGGUGUAUGUCCGCGCCUUGCGGUUGAGGAGUUGGGGCUGGGAUGAUUCGGCGUUGUUGGCAUCAUAUACUCUUGUCCUCACAGUGGGCAUACUGAUGCUCGUCAAUACCGAAUUCGGUGACGGGCUGCACCAAGCAACACUCCCGCGAGAAAAGUUCUUUAAGUCUCAAGAGGUCUCCAUCGCAGCUGUCGCGGUUUACCAGGCCGCUUUCUCUUUGAUCAAGGCCACGUUCCUGCUACAGUACCGACGAGUGUUCCCGUUACCUGCCUUCCAGAAACUUUGUGACGUCUUCCUUCUCUUCAUCAUCGCCUUCGGGAUCUCGCAGGUGGUGUCGAUAUGUCUCGCCUGUAUACCCCUGCGGAGCCUCUGGGACCUUACCGUUCCCGGGCGAUGCAUCGCCCUCCUGGACUGGUGGCUCAUCGGUUCCUCUAUCAGCCUGGUGACCGAUGUGGCCAUCUUCGUGAUGCCCAUACCGUUGUUACGGACCGUGCCGCUGCCGUUGAAACAGAAGAUCGUGUUGAUGGCCACGUUUGGCCUCGGGUUCUUCACCUGCGCAAUAUCCGUCGUGCGCAUUACGACGCUGAAGCAGGCGUCGACAUCGGACGACAGAACGUACGACAGUGUCAUCGCCGGUAUAUGGUCUAUAACUGAGCUUAGCUGUGGCAUCAUCUGUGUGUGUGUCCCAACACUGCGUCCUCUGAUCGGCGGACAGAAGUCGAGGGUUAGGCCACCAACAUGGCUUCGACCAAACAUCGACCAGAGCACCGACACAGAGCUUCAUACCCAGUCAGGCGGGAGCAUCUCGAGUCAAAAGAGACGGUCGCGAGUCAUUUCGACACCGCAGGAGAGAGAGGAACAGUAUGACCCGGAGACGGCGGGAAGCUUUAGCCCUCGACCUCGGCCCCGACCUCGGAUAGACCUGAGCAACGUCCCGGAUCUGCUACCUCCCCCCGCGGUGAGCGUGGCGCACUAUGAAGGCUCUCUGUUUGAUGACUCGCCGGGGAAGGACACGAUGGUGCCCCUGGCUAGGAUCGAUACGGAGGAGGGCGUCGAGUUCUUGAAUAUUGACGGGCCGGAGGCGGAGCUGCCGACGCCGCUCAAGCCUCCACCUAGGCGGCACACCGACAGGACACCCACCCCGGACGACGACGGAUACUUCAGUGCGGUCGUUUGGGAUGCGUCGGGUCACCCAAGACUGGCGGGCUGAUCCCGUUCCGACUGACAGACGGCUUGAAUCGCAAACGAAGACGAAUUUAACUGAAUCGGCAUACGGACGAGCGACGGAGUGGGGACCUAUGGGAGGUCAUGAGCUGAUGGAAAUCGGCGCAAGGGGCUUCUCGCAUUCGUCCUCCGAAAUACAUGAAUGACGAGGCAUCCGAAAAGAAUGUCUUUCGAAUCUCGUCUCUCUACAAUAAGUAUGACAGUCAGUUGUGAGCUUCCUCGGCAACAGGUUGGUAAGGGAGGAGGCGAAACAUAAGAGGAACAACGGACCGGCAAUCCACAAACCACAGACUUCUAUUUGGUUUGUAAAAUGGUAACCAGACUAAGACAAUAGUUUGGGGGUUCAAAAGGGGGGGUGGAAUGCGAAUACCCCGAUCGGCAGGCCGGAAGGAAAUCUGUCCUCCGCCAACAUGACUUCGAGUAAAGCGCACAUGAGAUAGACAAACGCAGUAAGCGAUACCUG